UACCGAGUAAGUAGUGUCCUUUAGUUUGACUUUACUUUAAAGAUUCUUGUGAUGCUAGGUUCUGCAGAUUGCAGAUUGGAGAAAGAUGAGGAAGAUUGUUCAUGAGUCUUAAGCAUGUGUUGAAUGUGGCGAAAAUACUGUGUUGGAAAGAUCAGCAGAGUUGCAGUCAACCCUACCUUAUUGGAGAAAGAUCUGGAGAAUUGUAUUGUUCAUACAGCUUCAACGUUUACUGAAAAAAGUUUUUGCUUGCUGUGGUACAUGAACUGCAGUAGAUAUAACUCCUAAUUCUCUAGAUUCUAGCUGCUUCCUGCUGUCGUGAAAGGAAAAGAUUGUUCAAAACUGUGUGCUGACAGCAAUAAAAACGUUGAGAUGGCGAGUUUUCUGAUUGAUUUGGCAAAGCUUUAUGUGGAGAAAUGUAUAAAUGGGGUGAUUGCAGAGUCAAGUUAUAUAUGUUGCUUCACGCGCAUUGCUGAUGAUUUUGAAGAAGAAAGAGCUUGGUUGGAAGAUGCAACGACAACUAUCAAGACGCGUGUUGAUGUGGCAACCAUGAGAGGAGAGGAUGUUCAAGCUAAUGCUCUUUUUUGGGAAGAAGAAGCUGAAAAGCUCAUUCAAGAAGACACCAAAACAAAUCAAAAAUGUUUUUUUGGAUUUUGCCCUCAUUGCAUAUGGCGAUAUAGAAGGGGAAAGGAACUGACAAAUAAGAAGGAGCAAAUUAAAAGAUUGAUUGAAACUGGAGAGAAACUUUCAAUUGGAUUCACUGCUCGUCUUCCAGAUGUUGAAUGCUAUUCACCCGGACAGUAUAUUCCUUUUGAAAUUAGUCCAUCGAAAUACAAAGAGCUUUUAGAUGCUUUGAAAGAUGACAACAAUUUUAUAACCGGGAUGCAAGGGAUGGGGGGCACAGGAAAAACUACAUUGGUCAAGGAAGUGUGUAUGAAACUAAAGCAGUCCAAACAAUUUACUCAAAUCAUCCACACGACAGUGUCAUUUUCUCCUGAUAUCAAAAAGAUUCAAGAUGAUAUUGCUCGACCCUUGGGAUUGAAAUUUGAUGACUGUAAUGAAUCAGACCGACACAAAAUACUAUGGAGCAGAUUAACCAAUGGUGAGAAGAUUCUUCUAAUAUUGGAUGAUGUGUGGGAAGAUAUCGAUUUUGAUGAAAUAGGGAUUCCAUAUAGUGACAACCACAAAGGCUGUAGAAUUCUUGUAACCACGCGCAAUAUCUUGGUGUGCUACAGAUUAGGAUGCAGUAAGACAAUCCAACUGGAUCUCUUAUCUAAGGAAGACGCGUGGAUCAUGUUCCAAAGGCAUGCUGGUUUAAGCAAAACUUCGAAUGAAAGUUUGUUUGAAAUAGGCCGUGAAAUUGCAAAUGAAUGCAAAAGGUUACCAGUUGCAAUUGCUGUUAUAGCCAGUAAUUUGGAGGGCAAACAACAUCAUAAAGAGUGGAAUGAGGCCUUAAAUUCCAUGCGCAGCGCUGAUGAUGAAAUCCUUAAAUUUUAUAAAUGCAUUCAGUUUACCUAUGAAAAUAUGAAGAAUGACAAUGCCAAGAAACUAUUCCUCUUGUGUUCUGUAUUUCGAGAAGAUGACAAAAUUUCUACCGAAAUGUUAACCAGAUUUGGCAUUGGAGGAGGCCUUUUUGGGGAAGAUUAUGGAAGCUACAAAGAUGCUCGAAGUCAAGUAGUUAUAUCCAAACAAGUACUCCGAGAUUCUUGUUUAUUGUUGGAGGAAAAUCAAAACAAAGUGAAAAUGUACGACUUGAUUCGUGAUGCAGCACUGCAGAUAGCAAAUAGAGAGAUUCAAACAGUAAAGUUGGAUGGUAAAAAUCAAAAGGCAAUUGUUGAAAGGGAGAAGAAUAUUAAAUAUUUGUUUUGCGAAGGAAGGCCAAAGGAUGUGUUUUCAUGUAAGCUCGAUGGUUCCAAGCUUGUGAUUCUAAUUGUCACCGUGUAUAAGGAUGAAGAGUGCCAUAAUGUGAAAAUCGAAGUCCCGAAUUCAUUUUUUGAAACUAAUAAUGGCCUUCGAGUUUUUCAUUUUUUAUAUGACAAUGAUCAUAAGAUACCUCUAUCAUUACCUCGAUCAAUUGAGUCUUUGAAGAAUAUUCGAUCUCUUCUUUUUACGCUCGUUGAUUUGGGUGAUAUCUCUACUUUGGGAAAUUUGCAAAGUCUUGAGACACUUGAUUUGAAAGACUGUAAAAUUGAUGAAUUGCCACUUGGAAUUGCAGAUCUAGAGAAAUUUAGAUUGUUGAAUUUGGAAAGUUGUGAAAUUGUAAGGAAUAAUCCAUUUGAAGUGAUUGAAAGAUGCUCAUCUCUGGAAGAGUUGUAUUUCACAGGUAGUUUUAAUACUUUUUGUCGAGAAAUAACUUUCCCAAAAUUGCAAAGCUUGCAAAGGUUUUGCAUCGAUGAAUAUUCGAGACCAGUGAAUGAUUCAUCAUCAAAGUAUGUGUCAGUUGUAGACAACGAUGAGGUUUUCUUAUCUGAAGCAACACUCAAGUACUGUAUGCAAACAACCGAGGUUCUUAGACUAAGAAGAAUCGAGACGGGAUGGAGAAAUCUCAUACCCCAGAUUGUUUCUAUGGAUCAAGGUAUGAAAGAUAUAGUUGAACUUAGUUUGAGUUGCAUUUCACAACUUCGGUACCUCGUUGACACGAAGGAUAUUGUGUUCCAAGGACCGAAUGUUGUGUCCAAGUUGGUUGUACUAAAAUUGGACAGAAUGGAAAAUUUGGAAGAACUGUUUAAUGGUCCCGUUUCCUUUGACUUUCUGAAGAAUUUACAGAAGAUAUCAAUCAAGGAUUGUAAACAUUUGCAAAGCUUGUUUAAAUUCGAGCAAAACCUCUGCAAUCUAAAGACCAUCGAACUGCAGAAUUGUCCGAUGUUAGUUUCCCUGUUUCGACGGUUGACUUCUCGAAACUUGGUGUUGCUAGAGGAAUUGCAAAUAGCUGAUUGUGAGGGAUUGGAAAACAUAAUAACAGAUGAAAGAAGAGAUGAGGAAUCAAGAGAAGAAAUACAUGUUGAUGAUGAUGAUCAUGAUAGUCGUGCCUCAAUGUUUCCAAAGCUAAAAGUUCUUGAUAUUGAGGGGUCUUCCCCGUUAAAAUAUAUACUUCCGUUUCUCUAUACUCAAAGCCUUCCAGUACUAGAAGCAAUCAGAAUAAGAAGAUGCGAAGAGCUCAAAUACAUAUUUGGCCAUGAUUAUUCCAUGCUUUCAUAUCGUCUUUGCAUUUGGGAACGUGUUCAAUGUCUUCCAAUACAAUCAUACAGAAUGUGCAAUAUUAAAGAGAUUGUAUUGUGUCAUAUUUUGAAGAUAAAAUCAGUGUUUAUCCUAUCAAUUACACCAAAAAUGUUGUUGGAAACUUUGACAAUUAAGAACUGUGAUGAGUUAAAGAACAUAAUAUUAGACACUGUAGAUGAGAUUACUGGUGGCAAUAAUUGGGGCGAUGUCUUCCCAAAAUUGAAAAGCAUCUCUGUUGAAGAUUGCAUGCAAUUGGAAUACAUCAUAUUUGGACACGACAAUCAUGAUCAUCAAAGCCCAAGUGAGAUUAACCUGCGUCUUCCUGCAUUGAAAUAUAUCAAUCUUUGCAAUCUUCCUGGUUUAGUUGCCAUGUGUACCAGACAACAUCGCACAACAUUUCCACCUCUGGUAGAACUGGAAUGCAAUGGAUGUUCACAUGUUGCUAUCAAAUCUUUUCGUGAUUUCGGAAUUCAUCCGAUUUCAAAAUCUCAGGACGAUGCAAUCAUGAAGGAAGAUGGUGAUGGCCAAAGAGCCAUAGCUUUCCCUCCAAUUGCCAUAACAAAACCAGUUAAACACCGGCAGGAAACUAGCAAGACUAAUAGUAAUAAUGCUCAAGUUUUUUUAAAUGAUGAUGCUAUCAUGAAAGUAAGCUCAGAUAUUGAGGAUCAAUUUCUUAAGGAUGAUGAAAUAUUAGUUUCCAAAUCAAAGCUCUGUACUAUUGUAUCUCAGUGUCCUUCAAAGCCUGCUCAAGGUGACCCUUCUCAAAGAGAUGAAGAUUUAAGUUAUUCUUGGGUUGUCACAAAGGAGCUACGGAAUCUAGUUUCCGAGAAUUAUUUGGCUAUUGAGAACUUGUCUUUGUUGACUGAUUUCCUAGUUAAGAAUCCUUCAGUUCUAAGGGACACUUCAUUGAGUAACAGAUUCAAGGGUUAUGCCUACAACUGUCUAGCUGAGCUAUUGAAAUUCCUCCAAAAGCAUUACCUGUUGGAUGUGUUAGGUUCAAGCCAUUCUGAAUUUGUUGAGCUAUUACAAGAUAUGCGUAGAUUUCCUUUUGAUAAAGAAUGGUUGGAUGGUGUUGAAAAGCUCGCCUUGUUUCCUGGUUUACAAGUCUCUCAAAAUGCGCUGCAAAAUUUUUUGGACUCAAAACACAUUUUGACUCAACAUGUGGAGGAUCUUAAACAUCAAUUGGCUUCCUUUGAAGCUGUUUUGCAGAACAUCACUCAACAGGAGGCACAGAUUUUAGAAACGCAGGCUGCUUUAAGUGAUCCUAUUGGCUAUUAGACUAUUUUUUGUUGCAUUCCUUCACGACCAAAAGUAUUGUUUGUCUAGUUUGUCCUUUUCUCAUCUCAAAUUAAUUAAACCAUCUUGUUGAAUUUGUGUAUUUGGAAAUUACUAUUGAUUGUUGUAUGUCAUGUCGGUCAUGAAGUAUUAAAUUCUUCAUGUUGAACAUACUUUGUCUAUUUUACUGUUCUCGUUA